AUGGUCUCAGACUUCUUCUAUCCAAACGUCGGCGGCGUGGAAGGACACAUCUACUUUGUUGGGGGUCGACUAUUGUCUCUAGGCCACAAGGUCAUCGUGAUCACGCAUGCCUACGUGCCGGAUCGCGUCGGCGUACGCUAUCUGUCCAACGGGCUCAAAGUAUAUCACGUUCCGUACCAGGUGAUCGCUCGUCAAGACACGCUUCCCAACUUUUUCGCGCUCUUCCCUGCUCUACGAUCGAUUCUCAUCCGCGAGCAAAUUCAGAUUGUCCACGGACAUCAAGCGCUGUCGUCCAUGGCUCACGAAGGCAUCCUUCACGCGCGUACGUUGGGAUUGCGCGCGGUGUUUACCGAUCACAGUCUGUUUGGCUUUGCGGACACGGCUUCGAUUUUGACCAACAAGCUGCUUCGAUUUGCGCUGAGCGAUGUCGACGCUGUGAUUUGCGUCUCACAUACUGGCAAGGAGAAUACGACCCUGCGUGCUAAUCUGGAUCCUAGCAAGGUCUCAGUGAUUCCCAACGCGGUAGUCGCUGAGCAGUUUUUGCCUGAUCCUUCGCGCACACAGACAGACAAGCUGACUGUGGUCGUUUUGAGCCGACUAAUGUAUCGUAAGGGGAUCGAUCUGUUGAUUGCAGCGAUUCCAAGGCUUUGUACAGCUCACUCAGAUCUUCACUUUCUCAUUGGCGGUGAUGGACCGAAAAGAGUGGAACUAGAGCAGAUGCGGGAGCGAUUCCUGCUGCAAGAUCGCGUCGAGCUUUGCGGAGCUGUACGUCAAGGCGACGUGAGAGACCAUUUGACACGCGGGGCGAUCUUUCUCAACACAUCGUUGACCGAGGCAUUCGGCACUGGCAUCAUCGAAGCCGCAUGUGCAGGCCUUUUCAUCGUUUCGACGCGGGUGGGCGGCAUUCCGGAAGUGCUACCACCGUCGAUGGUGCGGCUUGCCAAACCGGAGGAGGACGACAUUGUGCGAGCGAUGGACGAUGCCAUUGCAUACGUUCGAGCGGGAAAGCACGAUCCUUUGGCAUACCACCAAGCGGUCAAGCACAUGUAUUCCUGGUCAGACGUCGCCAAACGCGUCGACAGCGUAUACCACCAAGCGAUGCAGAACGAAUUGCCACGCCCUUCUGAACGCUUGGCUAGAUACAGUGCAGGAGGCGUCAUUGCAGGCAAGAUCUUUGUCAUUAUCGUGGUCGUAGACAUGCUCUUUCUGAAAUUGCUCGAGUUGUGGCUGCCCGAUAGCUGCAUUGAUCGCUGUCCUGCCUUCCGUCCGAGCCACCUCCAGGCGUCAAAAACCAAGCCACCUGACCAAGUUCAAGAUCCGUCGACCGUCGAGUUGCCAGAAGACGAGGCACAAGCCAUGGCAGAUGUACUCUCCUAG